GUUGGUUUUGAGGUGUUUAGAUGGGCGCCAAGAAACCAUUCUAACGGGUGUCGAAAGAUGGACUGUUGCGACAACUUCCUCCGGAAUUAAUUAUUCAGUCUCCACGCUUGCUGCCUCUCCGCUCCCCCCCUUCAGUACAAGAGAUCCUCUCUCUUUCUCUCUCUCUCUCUCUCUCUCUCUCUCUCCAAGUGUUGGAUUCUAUUCCCCCUUCCAAUCUUCAGUAUUGUCGUCCACUUCAACCUCACACCCGCACAGCUGGAGGUAUUGUUCCUGUUUAGCACGUGGACCCCUGACCCAAAUAACGCCCGCCCACCAAUCCUAAAUCCAAACAAGCUUGUCUUCGCGACUCCUGUUGGCCUGAACGACGUGCUUCUUUCUAUCUCCCCUCCCCUCGGGGCCUUGCAUGUCCCCCUUUCCCUCUCCAUACGCUUCUCGAGCUCCGGUUAGAGUGAAACAUGGCGUGAGUUCUGGCGAUUCACCGCAACAUUGCCCCCCCUUCCCUUCCCCUCCCCUCCCUCCGUCCCGGAUAAGGCUGAUAGUCUUUUGGAAUCACAGGUCAUCUGGCUCACACGUCUCCAACACCAUUAAGGUGGUUGCGAGGUUUCGACCCCAAAACAAGGUUGAAUUGGCGUCCGGUGGACAGCCGAUCGUCGAUUUCGAAAAUGAGCAGUCAUGUUCUAUCAACUCGAAAGAAGCCGCCGGGAGCUUUACCUUCGAUCGGGUCUUUCCCAUGGAUUCGAAGCAACCCGACAUCUUCAACUUUUCGAUCCGGCCCACGGUAGACGACAUCUUGAAUGGAUACAACGGAACCGUCUUCGCAUACGGUCAAACCGGUGCAGGAAAGUCAUACACAAUGAUGGGUUCGGAUAUUGACGAUGAGGUGGGCAAGGGUAUCAUCCCACGGAUAGUCGAGCAAAUCUUCGCCAGCAUUCUCACCAGUGCGAUUAAUAUCGAAUAUACCGUCCGGGUCAGUUAUAUGGAAAUUUAUAUGGAACGUAUUAGGGAUCUACUCGUGCCCCACAAUGACAAUCUGCCCGUCCACGAAGAAAAGUCCAGAGGUGUCUAUGUGAAAGGCCUACUCGAGGUUUACGUCUCCAGCGUGCAGGAGGUGUAUGAAGUGAUGCGUCGCGGUGGCGCAGCAAGAGCCGUCGCUGCGACCAACAUGAACCAGGAAUCAUCCCGAUCGCAUUCUAUCUUCGUCAUCACUGUCACCCAGAAGAACCUUGAGACGGGCUCUGCGAAAAGCGGUCAACUCUUCUUGGUCGAUUUGGCAGGUAGUGAGAAAGUUGGCAAGACCGGAGCCAGUGGCCAGACGCUCGAGGAAGCCAAGAAGAUCAAUAAGAGUUUGAGUGCCCUAGGAAUGGUCAUCAACGCGCUUACAGACGGCAAAUCGACGCAUAUUCCAUAUCGUGAUUCGAAGCUGACCAGAAUCCUGCAGGAGAGUUUGGGAGGUAACUCGCGAACCACUCUGAUCAUCAAUUGUUCUCCCAGUAGCUACAACGAUGCGGAAACUGUCUCAACCUUGCGCUUCGGAGUGCGAGCCAAGGCGAUCAAGAACAAGGCGAAGGUCAAUGCCGAACUAAGCCCCGCGGAGUUAAAGCAGUUACUUCGCAAAGCCCAAAGCCAAGUCACCAACUUCGAAAGCUAUGUAUCCGCACUGGAAACCGAAGUCGGUGUCUGGCGAAGUGGUGAGGCCGUUCCCAAGGACAGGUGGACUCCAUCCAGAGGCUCCGAAGCUGUUGGCGCAGCCAGAGCUGAGGCCCGCGCUCCGCGACCUAGCACUCCAUCGCGCUUGCAUGAGGCCAGAGCCGAGACCCCGCGGCCAGAUUCGCGGCUGGGCGACCGAUCUAGCACACCUAGCCUCGUUCUUGAGAAAGACGAAAGGGAGGAGUUCCUUCGCCGCGAGAAUGAGCUUCAAGAUCAAAUUGCGGAGAAGGAGACCCACAUCGCAAACGUCGAAAGGGGUCUGCUUGAGGCAAGAGAGGAGCUGAAGUCUCUCAAGGAGAACUCUGCCCGCUCCGGCAAAGAUAACGAGAAACUCAGCGGCGAAGUAAACGAGCUUCGUAUGCAGCUGGAGAAGGUGUCCUACGAGAGCAAAGAAGCUGCGAUCACCAUGGACAGCCUCCGGGAGGCAAACUCUGAGCUGACUACCGAGUUGGAUGAUGUGAAACAACAACUCCUCGACGUCCGGAUGAAGGCUAAGGAGACCAGUGCUGCGCUCGAUGAGAAGGAAAAGAAGAAAGCCGAGAAGAUGGCCAAGAUGAUGGCUGGGUUCGACCUGGGCGGAGACGUGUUCUCCGACAACGAGCGCAAACUUCAGGAUCUCAUCCGCCGUGUUGAUUCGCUGCACAAGGUCAGCGAGCUAGGUGAACCCGUAGCUCCAGACGACAUCCUGGAACUCCGAACCAGCCUACUAGAAACCCAAGGGUUCAUCCGACAGGCGGAGCUCACUAUGAAUGAUCGAAGCGAACUCAACGUGCUGCAGGACAGCCGCAGAGCGGAACUUGAACAGAAACUGGCUAAUCUCGAGCAGGACUAUGAGAGUUUUCUGGCACGAACCCUGGGAGAGGGUGACCUGGAAGAGGUCAAGGAACGACUAGAAAAGGUGUACAUAACACGGAAGGAGAGCGAGAUGGAGGCUGCCUCGGAGCUGCGGCAGGAGAUUACCCGCAAGGAUGAGGAGUUGAACAAGCUCCGACAGUCCCUGGCAGACUCGCAAUCUCGAGUUUCGACGAACGGGGCCGCUGGCAAGAACUUGCAGCAGCAGAUUGCGGAAUUCGACGCCAUGAAGAAAUCGCUGAUGCGCGACCUUCAGAACCGCUGCGAACGCGUGGUGGAGCUGGAAAUCUCCCUGGAUGACGCGCGAGAACAGUAUAACAACGUGCUUCGGUCAUCGAACAAUCGCGCUCAGCAGAAGAAGAUGGCCUUUUUAGAACGCAACCUUGAGCAGCUGACCCACGUGCAGCGACAACUCGUCGAGCAGAACAGCAGCCUCAAGAAAGAAGUUGCCAUCGCAGAGAGGAAGCUCAUUGCGCGAAACGAGCGGAUAGCAAGCUUGGAAGCCCUGCUCCAGGAGAGUCAGGAGAAGCUGACCCAAGCCAAUCACCGCUUCGAAGCUCAACUCACAGCCGUCAAAGAACGGCUCGAGGCCGCCAAGCAAGGUUCGACAAAAGGUCUUCCAAGCAUGGAUAGCAACGGCGGGUUCAGUUUUGGCGGCUCAAGAAUCGCAAAGCCGCUGCGCGGUGGCGGCGGCGCAGGCAAUGAAGCAGUUACAACUGUCCAAUCGCAGGAUUCCGGAAAGCGCACGAGUUGGUUUUUGAAUAGACGAUGAUCUACGAUUCUCUUUUACUGUCUCUUUUUAUCCCUUCUCUGCAGAUCUUUUUAAACAGAAAGCACAAAGACAAACAGACAGACAGACAGACAGACAAACUCCAUUUUCAAUUCCUUGGAAAUGCCAGCCAAUAUUGUAUUCAUUUCUUUUGAAUUUUGGUUUUUCUCUCUUCUUCUUCUUCUUCUUCUUCUUCUUCCUUCACUCUACAUACUCUUCCUAUUUACCUUCUCUGGCAGUAAGGGCCCUGGUAUGAUUAUUGGGUUGAAUUGAGGAAACACUACCACCUGCACAGGUACCUAGGUAAACAUGGGAUGGAUGGACCUUCUUCUCGUCGUUUUAAGAGAACCUCCACCUUUUUGUAUCGAUGACUAUUCUUUCCUUCUUUCCUUCUUAUGCCUUUCUGUUGUGUUCAAUAGUUUCAUGCACAGUCUCUUGUCUCUUUUUUUUUUUUUCU